AUGGAACACGUAACGUUGGCCGAUUUCAGAGAUUUCACCAGUCAUAUUUCACGCAACAAACUAAGUGGUUGCAUCAACCAGGAAAUACAAAAUAAUUGGAUAUUAGUUAACAGGACAACCGUAUAUGACGCUACGAUUCGAUUAACGCCGAAUCUUCAGCUCUAUGAUUUUGCUCGGGAAUUUGAUUUUUUAUGUGAAGAGAAUUAUGGGACUGACGUUAUACGAAUAUACCACGACUACGUGAGUCCGAAUAUUUUAUCCAGUUUAGGAGAUUUUAGUUUGGAAGCUGAAAAACUUAUCAAUGUAAAUACCGUUCAUCCUUUGUUUGUCAGUCCUAAUUCUCUAUGUAAAAAUUCUGAAGAAGAAAUAAUUAUAGCAGAUACUGUAAUUAAUGCAAUCAAAAUUUUUGAUUUUUUUGGAAACCUUAUAAAGAUAGUUGAUGGAUACCGCUAUAAAAAGAAACUGAGGGCUCCUGACUCAACUCAUCCGCAAGAUGUAUGCAUGGAUUACAACAGCCAAAUUAUUUUCCUGGAUUUGAGACCUAAAAUAGUUUACAUAUACAAUCAAAUUGGAGUGUUAUUAAAUGCGUUCUACUGCCCAGAUGUUCUCUACCCAUGCAAUAUUGCCGUCAAUAAGUACCAGGAAAUCUUCAUCUGUGAUAAUAGGAAACAUUGUGUAGAGACGCAAAUUGGUCAAUUGGAAAAGAGUGGGGAAAUUAUAUUUGAGCAGAUUGAACAGGAUGUUAAAGAGCCAGCCAGUUGCCCAUCGCACAUUCGCAAUAUAAGGGACAACGACGGCAGUCUUAAAACAGGGAAAAGAAUAUUUGGAGCAACUUUAUUUCAGUGCGUUUGCAACAUUUGGGGACCUGACAUGUAA